AUGGCAUUGGCGAUUCUCCACAUUUACAAACAUCUACUGAAUUAUACCGAGCCCAUAUAUCAGAGAUACACUGUCCGUAUCAUCUUUAUGGUUCCAGUGUAUGCAUUAAUGUCCUUUUUGUCCUUGGUCCUAAACGAGAGCACAAUCUACUUCAAUUCAAUCAGAGAAAUAUAUGAAGCUUGGGUCAUCUAUAAUUUCUUGUCACUUUGCCUGGCAUGGGUAGGUGGUCCAGGAGCUGUCGUGGUAAGUCUGUCUGGCAAAGUUUUGAAGCCAAAUUGGUGCUUAAUGACGUGUUGCUUUCCCCCAGUUCCAUUGGAUGGCCGCUUUAUUCGAAGGUGCAAACAAGGGUGUUUGCAGUUUGUGAUUCUGAAGCCCAUUCUGGUUGUAGUUACUUUGGUACUUUACGCAAAAGGGAAAUAUGAAGAUGGAAAUUUCAACCCCUUGCAAUCCUAUCUUUACCUCACCAUAAUCUAUACGUUCUCGUACUCGGUGGCACUUUAUGCUCUGGCCUUGUUUUAUGUGGCUUGCAGAGACUUGCUUGAGCCAUUCAAUCCAGUUCCCAAGUUUAUCAUAAUCAAGUCCGUCGUGUUUCUCACAUAUUGGCAGGGUGUUCUAGUCUUUCUUGCUGCAAAAUCUGGAUUCAUAAAGGAUACUAAGGAAGCUGCAGAUUUUCAAAAUUUUAUAAUCUGCGUUGAGAUGCUUAUUGCUGCCAUUGGACAUCUUUAUGCCUUCCCCUACAAAGUAUAUGCUGGUGCAAAUAUCGGCGCUAAUCGUGGCUUCACUGCAAGCCUUGCACACGCGCUGAAGUUAAAUGACUUGUACCACGAUACAGUACACCAGUUUGCGCCAACCUACCAUGAUUACGUGCUGUACAAUCCUAGUGACAGUGAUGAUGGUUCAAGGAAGUACAGGGCCCGUACUUUUGUCCCGACUGGCCCAGAAAUGGAUACUGCCCGAAAAAGCAAAAGCACGUUCGGGAACAAGCUUGAAGACAUACAAUUGGCAAGCCUAUCGGAUUCAAGUGGUAGCAGCCUCGAAAGUUCGCUCAACGAUAUUCUGAAAUUGGACGUGAUCAACACAUCAUCUCUAAUCGAUGUAUCGAAUGAUAAUGCCACUGGGGCUCAGGAUCAUGCACUUAUCGAAAUAGAUAUGUCCAAUUACCCGGAGAAAGUGCCCCCAGCUAAUGAAGCUGAUACUUGUUGA